AUGGACCGGUCCAACUCGCUAGCUUCAGACGUCAAAUUCACCUCGGACCAGCUCGAGUAUCAGCCUGAUCUCGAUGCCAUCAAGGAAGACAACGAUCAAGUGGGAUACAAUACCUUCAAGGCGGCGCAGGAAUCGGGUUACGAGCCGACCCCCGCCGAGUCCAAGCGGGUGCUUCGUCGUAUCGACCUCUUCAUCCUCCCCAUCUUCACCUUCACCCAAUGUCUACAAUUCAUGGACAAAUCAGCUCUCAACUAUGCCAACUUGUUCGGAUACCAAGCGGCCCUAGGCCUCAAGGGCUCCGACUACUCGUGGCUCGGUGGCGGCUUCUACAUCGGCUACCUCGUUGCACAAUUUCCUAUGGGAUAUCUCCUCGGUCGCUUCCCAGCUGGUCGGGUUCUCGGCAUCUGCUGCUUCUUUUGGGGCCUCGUCGUCCUCCUUUCCACCCAGGCCCUCAACUUCAAAUCCGCCCUGGCGGUCCGGAUCGCGCUUGGGAUGAUGGAGGCGGUAGUCACUCCGGGUCUCAACCUGAUGACUGGGUUCUGGUACACCAAGAAAGAAACGCCCAAUAGGCAGACUCUAUGGUAUUCUGCCCUCGGUCUCGGCGGUAUCAUUGGGGGCUUUAUAGCUACCGGUAUCGCUACUCGCACGUCUACGCCAGCGGUACCUAACUGGACUGUCAUCUUCUACAUCCUCGGUGCCAUGACCAUGGCCUGGGCUUUCGUGCUCUACUUCUUCCUUGCCGACUCCCCCUCCAAGGCAUUCUGGCUCAACCAGGAGCAGAAGUACAUUGCUGUUCAGCGUGUAUCGGCGGGUAUGGUUGGCAUCAAGAGCCGAAAAUUCAAGCCGGCCCAAGUGUGGUCAGCCUUGCUCGACCCCAAGACCUGGCUCCUCUUCGCCGCCACCUUCGCCACUUCCAUCCCUACCGGAGUACUCUCCAACUUCUCUACCGUCAUCAUCCGCGACAUGGGCUUUACCGAUCUUCAAGUCACCCUUCUGGACGUCGUGCGCAACGUCUUCCAGAUGAUCGGCGUCAUCGGUGCCGGCUGGUUCGCGACUCGGUUCGCCAACACCCGCAUCAUCAUGUGCACCUUUGGCAACCUUGUCUGCGUCACAGCCUCGGCAUGCCUCGCCUUCCUCCCGGACAGCGCAAAGUGGCCUCGUCUCGUCGCUCUCUGGUUCACCAACUUCCAAUCUAUCGGCUUUGUGCUCGGUCUCGUCAUGAUCUCCAGUAACAUCGGUGGAUACACCAAGAAGCAAUUCACAUCCGGCAUGGUCUUUGUUGCGUACUGCGCAGGCAACAUCGCAGGUCCGCAAUUUGUCUACCCCGCCGAAGCGCCCCGGUACAAGAGCGCCACCGCAGCCAUGCUCGCCAGCUACUCGAUCAAGACCGUCUGUCACCUCCUGCUGGGACUCUACAUGUGGAACGACAACAGGCGCCGGAACAAUAAGGCGGCAGGUGCAGCGGUAGAUGAGAAGCGGGGCGCGGAGGCGGGGAUGCUGGAUCUUACCGAGUUUGAUAAUCCAGAUUUCAGGUAUGUUUUGUAG